AUGGCCGACGACACACAAUUUCAGACAAUCUUCAAGCAGGAAGAAGAGCCUCAGUCAAUAACCUUUGAUUUUACUCAAGAUCCUCAGGAACAAAAAUCUUUGACCUUUGACUUCUCAGAGGAUUCACAUCAAACGGCAAUAAAGGAGGAAUCACGGACAGAACCAGAGAGGCAACAACAAUCAGGACCAUCACAAGCCGCACCACCACCACAGCAACCACCACAAAACCCCAGCCGACCAGGUGGUUUCUUCCCUCCAUCCACCACCCUCCCCUCUCCAGCCCCAAGCAACCAAUCCCGUCUACCCCUGGAUCUACCUCACCCGAGGGCAACCGCCCUUCGACCGGGGUCCGUCAAGGAAGACAACCUCCGGCGGUUCGUCGAGCGGCGCAUUAUGCACAUCAACCGACGCUAUGUCAAAAAGUUUGGCAUCCCAGACCCCGGUGACGAGGUGGCAGGCUAUCAAUCCAUCAGCGAGCUGUGUCGCGACCUCGACUCGGUCAUCAACAUGCUCUGGCUGUCAGGCACGCCUGGGAUCCAAAUCCCGUAUUUCCUCAACAUCUCCCACGAGCUGACUACCUGGAUCGACUCGUUCCCGCCCAGCCCGGCCGCCAUGCUCGGCACCCUGGCUAGGUUGGAUCACUGCCUCGCCAGUCUGAUCGCCGGCAGGGACAUCCAGACGGAUGAGGACCUGCCCGGCUUCGUCGUGCUACCAGGCGGGACGGGGGCCCGACUAGGUGGCAUGAGCCGCACCGACAUGGUGCGCUGCAGGAGCAUCGUGGAGCAGACGCGAUUGCUGGUUGUCGACGUCAUGAGCCGAAACCCAGAGGCGGAAGGGAUGGAUAUUGUUGAGGAUGUCACCGAGACCGAGGCCGAGACGACGGACGGUGAGGGUCGGUCAGCAAGAUUUGGUGGUUAUGGAGACGACGAAGACGACGCCAUCCACUUGGCCGCAGCCAAGGUCUAUGAGAAUACACUGAUACAACUAGGGGCUACGCUUGGGCAGGGGCCGAUUGCUUGA